CGAACGUGCCAGGUACAGGACGUAGUUAUCGUGAUGCUUUGCUAGGUGGGGAGCACACCAGGCAUAGGCUAGAACCAACGUCACCUCGUGGCGUCCUUCCUUUGCCACAAGAUCAUGCGGUUAGCACGGAUAGAAAGAGAGGUCGUGGAGAACAAGACUUCCACUCCAGUGUAGACUCCGUAGAAGGAGCCUAUAACAUGUAUGAAGACGAAGACAUUGACGGGGAUGAUUUUGGACAGGGACACGAAGAACAUGCAAAUUAUUCUAGAGAACACGAACGAGGGCAACAAAAACGCGGAGAACAUAAUCAUCUUGCACCAUUACCCCUACAACAUCAAGCUGGAGGCGGGACAGCCUUUUCGGGCUCUUUUUACACAAAUGACGC